AAUGCCAAAUUGAGCGUUGGUUCAAAUUUUAACCAUUGCGCAGCCGCCAUUACAGUGCCCACUGCAGAACACUGAUAUCCAAUCCAAUCAAUCAAACGCAUCUCCAAGCUCUCGACAAUGGAAUCUACCAAAGCUUAUUACUAUUAGCUCUUUUCUUCUUUUCCCGUUACUCAAUAAUCAUGUAGUGGUUUGGUUGGGGUUGGAGAAAAAAAGGAAAAGAAAAGAAGCCGAGUGCGCCAGCUUGCUUUUCUUGUUUGGAAAACAAUGAGUGUUUCUUUGACUCUUAUGACCUUUAAUCUUCAUGAAGAUCAGCCAGAAGACAGCCCUAAUUGUUGGGAGAAGAGGAGAGAUUUAUGUAUAUGUGUCAUCACCAGUUACUUCCCUAUGAUUCUUUGUACCCAGCAAGGUGUAAAAUCGCAGUUAGAUUAUCUUCAACAGGGCUUGCCAGGUUAUGAUCAGUUUGGAGUAUCAAGAACAGGAUCUCAAGACACUUCUGUUGAAUACUGCACAAUCUUCUACGACAAGGAGAAGGUAGAGCUGCUAGAAGGUGGAACAUUUUGGUUAUCAGAUUCACCCUCUGUCCCAGGAAGCUUGUCAUGGGGUGCUGCAGUUCCGUGUAUUGCAACAUGGGCUACAUUCCAACUGAAAGGAGUUGAACCGCCGGGCUUUUCAUUUCAAAUAGUGAAUACAAACAUGGAUGAAUUCAGUCCUCGGGCCCGCAGAAGAAGUGCUUUACUGACGUGGCAACACAUUGCAUCCUUACCUCCAAGCUUGCCAGUUGUGUACUGUGGAGGAUUUAACACACUAAAGGAAUCACCUACAGGACGUUUUCUUCUUGGGAGAUCAAGGGAGCAUGGUGUUGUGGGAGAUAUGAGGGAUGUAUGGCCCAAUGCCAGAGUGAGGAAAAACGCUUCCAUCAUUCGCACUUAUCAUGGAUUCAAAGGUGACAAGCAAGGAGCUCUUGAAUUCCUCAAGUUGAUCUUGAGAGCGCUCUGCCUCUGCUGGGAUCGCCAAACUCAGGAUUUACAUGUGGAUUGGAUUCUUUUUAGAGGUAGAUCUCUGAUUCCUGCCUUGUGUGAAGUGGUGAAUGAUAAUAUUGACGGGUAUUAUCCUUCCUCACACUAUCCAAUAUUUGCCGAGUUUGUGCCUCCUCGUUCUGUGAGACUACUUGAACUGCCUUUGAAUCAAGAAGAUAACUAAAUUGGCAACUGAUUUGGAGUUGACCCACUUGCCUUCUCUUCCUGUCUGUUCUUUAGCAUUUAAACACUAAGAUCAUUCAUUGACUAUGUGAGUAAUUAACUAAUUAUGCAGCCAUUUCAAGCAAGUGAAUAUAUUAUGGCUUGUGCAUGUAAUCUAAAGCUGUGUAAUCUGCCUAGUUCCCUUGAGAAUUAUUGUAGGAAAGAUAAAUUUUCUGUGGAGUUUUUGCA